UUCCUUGUGAAGCAGCAUCUUCGCGCCAUCCUCACCUGAUUUGGCUCUAUGUAUUACUGCCCACCAGUGUUGUCGUUAGCUUUCGUUUGACACAUUGCUCUGUAAAACUUUAAUAAACCCACAAUGUCCCAGACAGACAGAGAGCAUCCAGGGUAUGAUUAAUUCCUGAUCCGUGAAGAACAAGGACCUUUAAAAUGAUCUUGCGGUUGCCAUGGUAAUGGAAGCACGCUAAUCCAAAGUGCUACACAAUGUCGACAGACAUUUUAAAAGUUUGUUUUUAAGUGGAGACUCAAUUCUGGAUAUCUAAAGACUCAAAAGCUGUUCAUACAUUAUCGACAAGAAGACUCAAGGGCAGGACCAACGCGCUUACAUCUGUGAAGACGCUCGUCGCCUCAUAACGGAUCCAGAUUUAUUGUGUGGAAUUUACUCGCGGUUGAAACGUAGCAUCGAGUCAAGGUUUAACAAGAGGACAAAGAGUAGUAACGUUGAGUUCUCCACCGUUAAACUCAUAUAGAACCUGCACCGGUAAAUAUGAGGAGUCCCGGAUACGAAUACAGUAUUUUUGGGAGAGAAAAGAGGACACCGUCGUCAUAAGAUGUCACACAACAAGCCCAUCUCUGAAAAGAUGGUGAAAAAUAAAAAGAUUAGAGGACAUCGCUCUUCCAAAAGCAAGACCAAAGAUGCAGGCCCUCAGAUUGUAAGCAGCAAAGACCGGACUCCUCUGGAUGACCCAGCUGACCGUGCUGCUCCUCCAGAGUCCCAGGCCACCGACCAAGGUCAGCUGGGCUAUCCAGACAGAGUCUACCUGCUGGCAUCAGUCAUCUUCCAGAAUAACCACAUGGAGAAGCCUGUUGCCCACCAGUUGGUGAAUUACAGCAAAGAGAGAGGGAUCCCAUUACCUGAAGUCAGUCAUGAGGAGAUGCAGCAUGCAGCUUAUGAGCUGGCCUUCAAUACGCUUAAAUACCAAGAACUGCUGGAGGACAUUCUGACUGACAGCAGCUUUUACUCCACUCAGCCAAUGCGAGACGAUCAGAUGAGCCUCGCUGCCAUCAUUCUGUAUGACUUCCAGGACAGAAAGUUCCUCCCACGGGAGCGCCCAGUGGAAGAGGAGAUCAUACAGGAAGUUAGAGAUGUGGAGAGCUACCUCCUCAGAUUUAAAACCAAGCUGGCAGCUUCUCUAGCUCGCUGCAGGAUCAAACAUGAUGUCUCGUCCAUUGAGUGUAUCCUGCCGGAGAGUGUCAAAACGAAGCAGGAGAGAUCGAGCAGCCUUCCACUUUACACAUGGGUUAACACGCUGAAGAGCAGUCGUAAUGAGGUCCAAAGUGUGCUCAAGAAUGCUGGCUUCUCGCAGGUGAAAUCAGUUGGGCAGCUACAGGGCCAGACCUUUUGCCAGGAUCCCCAUUGUGGAGAUGUGCUGGUGUUCCCUGCUCAGCUCAAAGCUCAGCUGUACGCCACCAAGCUGCUUAGCAACCACAAGCUCAUCAUCCAGGACAAGUCAUGUAGCCUGGGCCCAAAUGCAGUGUGGUCCAUGUUACCAGAAGAAGGAGAUGUUCUAAUGGUGGGCUGUUUCUCUGGCCGCACUGUCUCCCACAGUGCUUCUCUAAUUGCUGAGAAGCAUAAAGCCAACAGCAACAACCAGCCCAUAGUCUACGUCUGUGUCAGCAAUCAUACAGACACUCAGAGGGAAGAGCUACAGCAGGCUGUGUCCACCAUGGGCUGUAAAAAUGUGAAGCUGAUAUCUGAAGUCUUCCAGUCUCUGAAUGGCAGUGACAAGCGACUUCAGAAGGUGCGCGUUAUCCUGUUGACUCCGAGGUGUUCUGUGUCUGCGGUCAGCAACCCGGUCGAAUACAUACUGCAAGAGGAUGGAGACACAGAUCUGCUACAGGACUUAUCCCAGGGCUCAAUAGCCCAGAGCAAACUGAAAGCUCUGGUGGCCCAGCAGAGGAAGGAUAUUGAUCAUGCUUUGACAUUCCCUAAGGUGUUGGCGGUGGUAUACUCCACCUGUUCGUCAUACCCAGAGGAGAAUGAGGAGGUGGUGAGCAGAGCCCUUGAGCAAGCGAAGACCCGGUCUGAGCAGGAGUGUGACCCAAAACAAGUGCAAUUCAGGCCAAGUCCGUCUCUGUUCAGAUCUCCUGAGCAUAUGGAGGACCCAGAGGAAAAAGACCAUUUCUUCAUGCUGGAGCCCUCAGAACACAACAAUGGCUGUUUCCUGGCUGUUCUCACCAGAGAACCUGAGCCAGCGGUCAAAGAGCAGCCACAUGAAAUGAUAGCCAGGGCAAAUGCCAAAGGCAUACUUGAUAGGAUCAGCUGCAACCAGCCAACCAGAAAAGAGCACCACGGACAUACCAACAGGAUAACAAAAGUGGCAACCUCUCAGCUGCGCCUCUCUGACAGUAUUCAGUCCAAAUGCCCAGAAAUCAAGGGCAAAAACCGUAUAACUCUGUGUGGACAUCAGGAAUUUACUAACAGGCGACAGGCACAACAAGGAAAACCCAAAACACUGUGCUUGCAAGCCUUAAAGAACACUGCGUCCAGCUCCUUCUCUUCCUUAAAACAAGAAAGCACCAGCUCCUCCUCUUCCUCCUCUUCCAAACCAGAAAACAGUCACAAACCCACUAAAAGCAUCACCCCUGUAUUCAGCACAACAGAUUCCACCAUCAGUGCUCUGCACACUGCCCCUCCCCCUGCUAGCUCUGUUGUCCGUCCCCGCAGAGCUCAUCAGGAGGUGCUGAAACCUGUGGUUUUAGUCUUGCCUCCUGUUCACUUCCCCAACUUCUUCCCACCCCAGUACAGUCAAACAAGAUUCAACCCCAGCUUUAACUACAACAGGUGGAGGACCCCAGCUCAAGCUGUGCCCCUGUCACGCUCCAGUGGCAGCAUCUCCAAGGUCGCUAUGGUGAAAUGCCGGCCUCUCUUUUAAGUUCACAAAAAUCAAUACAGAUAUUAAAGUAUUAAUUUUGUGCCAAGUGCUUACUUAAGGUCAGUAGUCUCUAAAUCUAACACCACAAUGUAUACAGUUUUAUUGAACUGCCAAUUUACAUAAAGCAUGUGAAUGGAAGUCACCUUAAAUGCUUAUAGGACAAUUUUUACUUGUUGUUUUUACAGCUUUGUUAUUUCAGUGUCUUUGCAUGCCAUAAAGAAUAACCUUGCCACAGUCAUAAUCUAAUAAAACUGCAGAUAGUUACAGGGCUGAGCCAGUGUCAUUUCAAUGUCACUACAUGAUGAAUAGCUAUUACCUAGGGCUCCGGUGACCUGAAAAAUUAAAGGGCAUAUUCAAGAAGCGGUUUCUUUUUUCUUUUGGUAAUGCAUUUAUUGUCACAACAGAUUACAUUUACAUGUUAUAGAGAUGAGUGAAGAACAAAACUGAAAUGAUUACAGCAUCUUGUUUGUUUUGUGUGUGUGUUUUUCACUUAGAUCGAACUACAUUCCCAGAGUUCAUGUCGAGUGCAAGUGGUGGCCCCAAGCCAUGGGAGCACUGUAAAGGUUUUGAUAGCGGUGACACUAGACUUUUUUUUCACACUGGAUGUGUUUAUUUGUGUGUGUACUUGUGUUUGUGCGUGGGAGUAGACUGGCUGGAUUUACUGAGGGUGAGGAAAAUACAGCUAACCCUUACGGUAUGAGAUAGAUACGAUCUUUUCCAUGUUGUCCAAACAGGGGCAAACACUAUUGUGUACCAUUGUUCACAUAGCCACGAGCACUUCACGUCUGACAUCUCAUAUCCAAAGCCUGGAUUUGGGAUUUCUUGCUACCAUAUAAAUCUCGGAUAUAUCUGUUAAGAUUCCUGAGGAAAUAUACAGACAUUCUUGAGCUUUUCAACUCAUUUUUUCUGUAAAGUAUGAAAAAAUUACAAUUUUGAAUCUAAAGGUUCAAAAUACAUUAAAAAUUGAGUCACUCAUCAAGGAAUAUAAAUAAA